AUGAGCUGCGGGAUUAUAUAUGUUCUGUCACACCGCACUAGCUAAGUUCCUAGUUCUGUUUUGUUUUGUUUUGUUUUGUUUUGUUGAGGAGUGUGAAACAGUGGUGUGAAAAAGCAGAAUGUUUGUCUCUAUCCGCCACCUUCAGAUUUGAUGAGCCACCACUUUAUGUACUGGCUUCUCUUCCUCAUUCACUCAUUGCCUGCUGUACUUUGGUAGUGUAGUACACUCCUAAGAGAAAAAAUGGAGAAGGCUCUAACCAAAGUGAGCAGCUUGAAGAUUGGGAACUCAUGGAUCUCCAAGAAAGCCAAGGAGGAAUUGUCUAACAUCAGCGACGACAUCACUACUUUCUCAAGUACUGUUGAGCAGAAGGCAAAAUGGAUUUUCGAUAAGCUAAAAGGAAAGCCAACAAAGAGCUUACCAGAACUCCUGCGAGAGUACAACUUGCCACCAGGGCUCUUUCCGGCAAACAUAACCUGUUAUGAGUUUACCGAGACAAACGCCAAGCUGAUUGUAUAUUUGCCUGCUCCAUCUGAAGUUACCUUCAAGGAUUCAUCUUCUAUAAGGUAUGCAACACGGGUAAAGGCAAAUCUGUUGAGGGGAAAGCUCUUAGGAAUAGAGGGAAUGAAGACAAAAGUUGUUGUAUGGGUUAAGGUUACUUGUGUAGCAGUGGAAAGUACCAAGUCUGACAAGGUCUGGUUUACUGCUGGCGUUAAGAAAUCAAGAUCCAAGGAUGUCUACAUCAUGCCCCAAGAUGCUAUCAGAGUACAAGAGUUUUGAGUUUGGGGUAUACUGAGCAUCACCGUUGGUAUUAUCAUCAUUGGCAAGAUGCCCAGAAUUCUUGAUAUUCUUUUUGUUUAGUAGGCAUUUAUUCAUCUUGACAACUUCAAGUGCAGCAUGUUUUUAUUUGGUCAUCGGAAUUCACUUUCUUUCUUUGGCUGUUGAACAAAUAUCAAUAUUGGGAUAUAUAAUGCCAUUGCUUCAUUUGGAAUGAUUACAGUA